AUGGGAUGUAAGGUUGUACUUCAUGAUGUUUCCGGAAAUGCUAUGAAUCCAAAAUAAAAGUUGAGUCUUACAUCUGUUACAAAUGUUUUAACUUUACCAUUCCCUUCGUCGCAUGUACCACCAGUAUCGGGGGGUCCAAUCUCAGCAAAGAUUGUUUAUAAUAAGGGUAAUAUCAUAGGCAAUUAGAGGUUAUGUGAAUUCAGGCAGAUCGAGAUACGCUUAAAGGGACAGUGUCCCCAUUAUGAGCACGCGCGAGCGUCAUUUGUUUUUUGUUCAAAAGACAAUAGAACUGUCAUAUUGAUCCGACAAGAUUUCUUUCCGGUCCGCACCGCCGACGGAGAUUUGUUGUUUACAUUCUGAAGUAAUAUUUUAGACUUUCAAAGAAGUCUUUCGUCCUAUUUAAAAUUUGGCUCGCGGCACGAAGGCCGCCUCGCGACCCGAAAAUCUCGUUCCGCUCGCUUUAAAAACAGCUUUUCUAAUGUGAAACUGGUGUCAGAGGUCAAUUGUUCCAAGUCCAGUAAUAUUCAUAUGAUUUGCUCGCGUUCUAGCCUCAAACGUUUGAAAGACAUAAAUAAAAGUGCAAUCCCAACGCUAUGAAUCACCGCAAAGGUUAGUCAAAAAUCAUAUUAUGAUUCCAUGGCUCUAAUUUUUCUAAACAUGUAGCGCCUGUUUGUUUGAUUUUCUCGGCCGUAGGAAGGUUCAUUUAAAAGUUUACCGACGCGUCGUUGCAAAACAUUCUACUUCACUAAGCUUAAUUCCACAAAAUCUCCUCAGUCACAUCAAUGUCUCAAUGGUUUCUUUCUUACAGUCGUUAUUGUUGCUGUUUCAUUUCUGUGUAUUCCUUUCACAGUUAUCUGAGCUUGUAUGGAAGCUAUCAGAAGAAAUAAGCCUUCAAUCGGCAUCAAAGCGCCUCCCAUCUUUUGGUCCUCCGGCCAACGGCAAUAAAAGUAACUUCAAAAAAUUCCAAUUUCGCCCAAAUCGAACCUUAACAGGAAUAAUAUAUCAUUGAUCUGUAAUCCUGGGAGGUUUUAGUGUGGUGUUGAACUCGGCCAAGCGCGAUGCAAACGGAUUUUUUAAGGUUCUCUCACUCUCCUAGCAUCUUUUGAUCUCGCGCUAUCCUGUCCAAAAAUCAAAGUUUUGUGCAUGCUCAGUAACGGGAUACUGUUCCUUUAAUAGCGUCUCGCUGGCACAAAUUUUAGACUAAACGUUUUUUAAAUACUAUUUACCUUCUUGUCAACAGAAGUUGUCCACGAUGCGGAGAUCUUCUAGCGAUGGCAAGUUAAUACGUUACUGCUAAGGGCAUUUGUGCACAACGUAUGGAAUUUUGGGCGCGAUGAAAGCUGUGAACGGGUGGCGGAGGGGUGGAUGGAGGGAAGGGGAGGAUAGAAAAACCCCCCGUCGUUUUGCCUUGUCAAGCUCUAUAUGUUAACCCGCGAUGCGCCUACGCCUAACCUUAGGUCAUGAAACAGGCCAGAGCAAAGCAAAGUAUCGUUGCCUGGAGAAUAUAUUUCUGAGGUUCUCUUCUCUUUUUUUCAGCGAAUGACGGAAAGCUUGAUUGGACGCUCCUUAUAAAACUUGAACUCAGGACAUUUCUUUACGAUAUUUGCCAUUAUGGUAUUUAAAACAAAGAGCUGCACAGCGUACUAAUUCAUUUCAUUCAUUCAAUCAUUUAUCAAUCACUUUAGUUGUAUGGGUUACUAGCCUAUUUUAAAUAGGCACUUUACAGUUGAGCGUUGUUGUUUUACCUCUGAAUCUUGUCUCACAAUGUUUGACAAUAGAAUCCCAUUGCUGUUAAAGUAGAGGCUGAUACACAAUCCUUCGAUGUGGAGCAAACGUUUGAAGCCCCGACCUAUGCAUCCACAGCAAGUGCAGAUUACAUGCCACUUCAUCCCUCAACGAGAAGCUGGGAGAUCAGUCGCAGACAGGUCAACAUAGUUAAAGUCAUUGGUAAAGGAGCUUUUUCACAAGUUGCCAAGGCGACAGUAAACGACAUGCGUGGGAGCCAGGAUAACUUGACAGUAGCAGUAAAAAUGCUUAAAGGUGUGGUGUAAUUCAGUGUACUAUAACUAAUAAAUAGAGAUUUGGGUAAGGUUGAGUCCAAAGGUAUGUCAAUACACUAUACUUAAAGUGUAUAUGACAGAAAUUUUUUUAUUUCCUCGAUAGAAUCUAUACAGUGUUUUGAUAAGGAAAGCAAAAACAUUUUUUCGAUAGCGAUUUUUCUUCCCCGUGCUUUAACCUGCCAAAAACGUGAAAUUUUACUUCCGGUGAGCUACAAAACCGCGCUAGCGAAAACAGAAGACUGGGAAUGAUUAUGACGUCAUUUCAGGACACUCUAUUUCGCGGCAGGCAAAUUACCUGGUCAUUUUCUUAUUUGCGUGGCAGUGUUUGGAGAAUGAUUUUUGAGUUUCCCUGACCUUUUUUGAUCAGAAACAGCAGAAACCAAUAAAAAGUCGCUUAAGCUCCAAUUUAAUUGACUGUGAAAAAGAAUAAUGAGUUUUAAAAGCGAUACGGAACAGUCAGACCUGGAAUCGAUCGGGUCGCGCACUCACAUCUGUGAGUUAGAGCUAGGAUCAGACGAAGAUGAAGAAGAUAUGUACUAUUCAGAUCCAAAAGGACCGUAUAUAGAUGAACCUAUUGCAGACGAGGAAUGGCUAACAGAUAACAGCCGAGAACUAGAAGAUAUUGAAAGGAGAAACCAGGAGUUACAAAACCGCUUUGGUGGGAUUGUCGAACCCGAGACUUGGUAAGUGUUCGCUCUAUUUCUCACCUUUUAAUUAUUAGCCUGAAAUCUUAUCGUACUAAAUAAGAUCAUCACUUGUCGAUAAAAAGAAAAGGAUAAAAGUUGUAUUCUUCAACUUAAAUACUACGUUCCUUCUUUUUAAUUUCAAAGGUGCUCAUGUGGCAAUUGUGCUCUUGAUCGGCUCCAAAAUUUCGUGGAAUGCCUCUGCUGCAAGGAAGUCGAAAAGUGCGUCGAAUCACUUGGUAGUACCGCCGUUCUGAAUGAGGUGGAAAUCGGUCCCGAAUGUAUUACAUUGCAUCCAGGUUUCAGUGUCGUUUGCCUUUAGUUAAAAGAUGGUCUCUCCGAUGAGCCGCAAGUAAAUACAAAAGGAUAGACGGUACAAAGUAUCGUCAGACUGAUAGAGCAGAAAAGUGAGUAAUGUUUUGCCCAGUUUUUUCUGUCAGAGCUAUCUCUAAUUGCUAAUUUACUGUGUUCUCCAAAAGCAACGUUAGCCGGCAAAAGCGCCCGACAGUUGCAACAGAAGCAGUGUUUAUUUGUUCAAACACCAUUUUAAGAGAAAGAUAAUCAAUUGAUUGUUUUUAUUGCCCUUUAUUUUGUAUAAUAGAGAGAUUUUACCUGACCCAUGAAACCGACAAUAAACAGCUACAAUUUAGAAGACAAUAGAAAUAAUGCAUGAUAGCGUGUUCCAUUCUACUACCUGUUUAAUCGGUUGAGUAGAAUCACUAUAUUACAAAAAACAUAUGAUAAAGAAUAGAGCAAAAUGUACUUUGCAGAACCCCUAAAAUCAAACUUUUCUCUGGGCUUGGAUGUGUGUGUGUGUAUGUGGGAGGGGGGAAGGGGGGGUUGCCAGCCACACCAAACCGGACACAAAGCAUUUUGAUCUCAUCUUUUGCUGACUACUUUCAUCUUUUCUUACUCUGCUCUACUCUUCAACCCUGGUCCUAUUUUCAACUAUAGUCGACAGUUGAUUUGAUAAUGUUCAGAUCAUAAGAUGUUAAAAGAAAUGGGAAUUUUAGAGACACAAAAGAAGGGCACGAUUGGAAUAGAAAUGCAUCUGCCACUGGUCAUGUGGUAAUACUGGGCUCACAGAGUUGAAAUACAGGGCGAGGUCAUGACUUGAAUAUUUAUUUUUAUGUCUUCAUUCUUUUACACAGGUUUCUUCGUAGAGUAGCCUACAGAGAGUUUACGCAAGGGAAAGCGGAUUCCACUGCCAGCAUGUGCCUACCAUGCAAUAAGAACAGAACUUUCAGAAGAGAAUGAAGAAUUUGUUGGUUGUGAAGAUAAUGAAUAAAGAUAUUUCCUUUAUGACCAUCAUUAUUUUAAAAUGCAAAUAGCGAAACAGAGUCCAUUGACAAAUUUUAUACUAGUUUGGACUAUAUUGACUCAAAACAUCAGCCGAUUGCACAGAAACUAUCUGUAUCUUAAUUGUCUACAGUGCGAGGGUGACUUGAAAUAAUGGUAAUGAAAAUCUCUCCCAGUUUGUAUUAAGCAAUUACCAGGCAACUUAUUGACUUUGCCUCAAAAUAAAAAAUAAAAAGGUCUGCUAUCACUGUCCACUGUUUUGUCGUGCCUGGUUCCUUGGACAAUCAACUAGAAGGUUGUGCCCUCUCAUGGUGCAAUUCCUUGUUCUUCCUCCACUUGAUGACUGUGCUGUAGCUGCAGCUGCCUCUUGGGCAAGAACAACAGAUACUGCAAGCAAAAUAGGAAAAAUAUAUUUAGUUCACCUCCAUUGCUGAUAAAAUGAUAAUAAUAUGUAACAAUAAAAAUAAUAAUAAUAAUGGGAACUUUAUUUGUUUUUUUGAACGUACAAUUGUAAAUCUUGCUACGUAUAGGCAAUUUACAAAUGCUGCUUGAGAUUGGAUUAUUAAAAAGAAAAAAACAAAAAAAAAUAAAAAACAAACAAUAGCCAAAAAAAAAGAAAUCAAAAUUGCAUUAAGUAUGGGCUAUCCCAGUUCCUAUUUCUACAACAAAAGAUGUAAUAUGUUGCUUUAAUGGCUAUAUUUAUCAUUUUCUUGAUUAUAACAGUAAUAUUGAUAACAAUAAAAAUCCCUAGAUGUCCAAAAAAAGAGAUUUUCCCAAAGAAAAAAGUGACUUGAGAGAGGCAGAAGGCUCAGCUAGCCUCAGAUAGGGCUGUGUUCUAACAGCACAUGGUGACCCCUAGCACAUAACUUCUGCUCUACGGCGACAAGAAAAUCUUAGAGAUUAUAAUAUUAUGCUAGGCAUCCUUGAUUUCACAGGUUCAGUGCACUGGGCUCCCUUCAAUUUGUCUUAGAACACAGCCAAGAUUAUGGAUUUUGCAGCCGAUCAAGAGCACAAUUGCCACAUGGGCACCUUUGAAAUUAAAAAGAAGGAACGUAGUAUUUAAGUUGAAGAAUACAACUUUUAUCCUUUCCUUUUAUCAGCAAGGUAUGAUUUUAGUACGAUAAUAUUUUUUAGGCUAAUAAUUAAAAGGUGAGUAAUAGAGCGAACACUUACCAAGUCUCGGGUUCGACAAUCCUGUCAAAAGCGGUUUUGUAACUCCUGGUUUCUCUUUUCAAUUUCUUCUAGUUCUCGGUUGUAUUCUGUUAGCCAUUCCUCGUCUGCAAUAGGUUCAUCUAUGUACGGUCCUUUUGGAUCUGAAUAGUACAUAUCUUCUUCAUCUUCGUCUGAUCCUAGCUCUGUCUCGCAGAUGUGAGUGCCCGACCCGAUCGAUUCCACGUCUGACUGUUCCGUAUCGCUUUCAAAACUCAUUAUUCUUUUUCACAGUCAAUUAAAUUCAAGCUUAAGCGACUUUUUAUUGAUUUCUGCUGUUUCUGAUCAAAAAAGGUCAGGGAAACUCAAAAAACAUUCUCCAAACGCUGCCACACAAAUAAGAAAACGACCGCGAAAUAGAAUGUCCUGAAAUGACGUCAUAAUCAUUCCCAGUCUUCUGUUUUCGCUAGCGCGGUUUUGUAGCUCACCGGAAGUAAAAUUUCACGUUUUUGGCAGGUUAAAACACGGGGAAGAAAAAUCGCUAUUGCAAAAAUGUUUUUGCUUUCCUUAUAAAAACACUGUAUAGAUUCUAUCAAGCAAAUAAAAAAAUUUCUGUCAUAUACACUUUAAAAUUAAUCUGGUUCAGUUGGAUGGUAUCGAUGCAAACGAAACAAAAAAGACCAAGUGGACAGAUCUAAAGAACACUGAAAAAAGCUCACUGCAGCAAAACGAUUACCGUAAUAAAGUAAUGGUAAAACAUUGAGAAUUUUUUUGGGUUCUUCUUUUUAGCAAAUGCUCCAGCUUCAGAUAAAAAGGACCUUCUGUCGGAACUUGAAGUAAUGAAAAAACUAAAACCUCAUCCCCACGUGAUCAAGCUGUUAGGCUGCGUCACAGAAACUGGUAAGCGAUGUGUGAAAAGAGUAACGUUUCAGUUUUUUGAAAUUUGUGGCAUAUAAGUUUUCCUGGUGAUUGUAUACUGCCAAUGAUUCGAAUGAUAGAGCGUUUUAACCAACAUGGCCAGAAGUUAUAGGAACAUGUUAAUUAGAAUAAAAGCAAACGUUUACAUAACAGAAGAAUUCAAUUAUUCCCACGGAACAAGUUUGGUACACCAACGUGGCCGCCGUUCCAUUGUUUUGGAACACAGUAUGUUCUCCAUGAUGUAUGCCAUAUGGAACAAUUUAAUAGGCAGAAAAUAUUAGAAUGGAUAUAUCACUGAGAUGAACAAAGUCAAACAAAGAGAACUAAUUCCAUAAGCUGAAGUAGAUAACUUUAAUAGCUUACUUAUAAACUAAUAGAAAUGUCAGUAAAUUGAUUUCCAAAUGAACAUAUGACUUGCUACAUUUUUUAAGCAUGUUUGAAAGAAAUAUUGCAAGGUUUCAAAGAAAGUGAAAUAAUGUUGAGGUUAAACCCAGUUUAAAUUUAUAUGGACACUGAGGGGACCAUAAAAAGUGUACGUAUUAACUAAGGGCUUUCUUUCCCCAGAGACAAAGCAAACUGUCCGUAAUAAUAAAGUUUCCGCAUUUAGGGGAUGUCUGUAAAGCGGGGUUUCACUGCAAUUCAGGGCUUAUUAUUUUCGGCCUUCGCUUCUGUUCCAUAAAUUGCAUCAAAACUGCUAUGAUCAUACCUCCAGUUAGUUUUUGUAUUGUUCAGUUCACAUAAUCUUCAUUGAAAGGUACUAACUUCAUUCUAUGUCCCCUCGUGCGAACAAAAUCAUAUUUGCUCGGAGAGUAAAUCGGAGAAUUUUCUAAUGAUAUGUCAUAAGUGGGAACUCCGGUUUGAAGAUUUUCUCAUAUUGGUUAUCAUAGAGCCGUUGUUGGUUUUAAUUGAGUAUGUCCCGUAUGGUGACCUACUGGGCUACUUGAGGAAGAGUCGAGGACUGAACGACACGUACUUUAAGGACCCGGAUAUGAAGCCACAGACCAAUCUUACAGCAGAACAGUUAAUGAAAUUCGCUUGGCAGGUCGCAGAUGGAAUGUGUUACUUAUCCUCAAAAAAGGUUUGCUUUAAAUGUGAUUUCAACUAGAAGUAAUAAUUUGAAUUGAGAAGUGAUCUUGGAACUGAAAGAUAUAUUAUUACAUUUAUCUACAAGAUAAACCUUUAUGGAACAUGAGAUUGUUCACUGAAGGCUUGAUUAGAAGCUUAAGUGUUAGUCUUACAAACCUUGCCCAAUUCUAAACAAAACGUAUGCUCAAAUGAUGAAUAUCACGUAAUGAAUAUAUAAAUUUCAAAUAAAUGUACUAAAAAAUGUUACAUAAACGAUGUUGACCAGAGAUACCUAUCCUGUGGGUGUGAACUGGGUCCGAGCUCGUUGUGUGAGUUUGUGACCAGCAGCACAUGUGGCCAUUGGUAUCAGUCUUUUCUGAACAAGCUGAGCAAGGUGCUCCACUUGCGGUCCUCGUCAUACGCAAUAUAUUUUGUGAGAGGUGUAAUAGAAGCAGUCCUUGCCAUACUCAUAGAAGAGACUGCUCUAUUAGGCGAGUAUAUAAGAAACACAGAGUUUCGAAGGCGAACAAGGAGGUGCAAUCUCACGACAUCUCGCAUUAGGCACCAUGGGGAACUUACACCAGGCGCAGCGCAAUCAGGAGGAUCUUUGUCUUGCUAAUAACUUUCUCUAGCAAUGACCUUUCUUCACGGUUGCUCAAAAUAGAACAAAAAAGUUCCAUCGCAUAAUUUUUCUUCAAAUUAGUACAAAAUGGUUUCCUCUAUCGUCUCUAGCAACUACAAAUUUUACAUUCUGGGUGUGGUUUGUAAAAAAAAAAAGCUUCUUUCCGUAUUGGAUAGGAUUCCUUUUUUCUAUAUCAAGCGAUUGUCUUCAACGAACUGUCAUGAUAAAAAAUUAUCAAAUUAACUGGCCUCUUUAGAUGAGCCCGGUUGCCGGGACCAAUUGGCCGUGGGUUCAAAUGUGAAAUUUAAACCCGGUUUCCAAAAUCCUGGUUGGAAAACCACGCGCGAGAUCUGGGGAACCGAGCCAGCCCACCCUCUCAUAUGAACACAUUGAAGUUAGAGGUAAAUAAGCGAGAUCUUUGAAACCGGGCUCAUGUGAGGAGGCCCUAAGCACAGCUUUGAAAAGAAUAGUAUUUUUAUCUUAAUCCGAUUUUUAAAAAAGCGUUUAUAAAAAUGUUUUGUCAUGUAGAUUAUCCAUCGUGACUUGGCUGCAAGAAAUGUUCUAGUUGGUGAAGAAGAGAAAUGUAAGGUGACAGAUUUUGGAAUGGCAAGGGAUGUGCAUCAAGAAGACAUCUACAACAAGACGAGUCGCGUGAGUUUAACUAAGCACACCGUUUAAUUUUAAAUCAUGUCGGAUUUUAUCACAAAAUUGCGUGAGAUCUGUAGUCGGGGGUUCAAAUUGCUACUUUGAAAUCUCGAGUAUCCUUAGCGGCGUUUCAAAAGUUGCUGAGAAGGUAAAAACAAUCAAAACAUCGGCAUAAGGGCGGAAAUUAGAUUUUAAAAAAAUUAUUAUUGAUUCUAAUUUGAUUGUUUUCUAAGGGGCGUCUGCCAGUGAAAUGGACUGCUUAUGAAUCGUUGAUGUAUGGAACAUACACUACACAGAGUGAUGUGUAAGUAUUUUUUGUAUUUACGGUUAACAUUUUUUUCACGUUAAGCAUGUAGAAUGUUGGCGUUUCCAGUGAGUCACAAGGCUUUCGUCUGUCUCUUUUAUGCUUAAAAAGAAAGGAAUGUUACGUUCAAUAAUUAAAAUUCAACGAUAAUUAUCUCAACAAAAUGAAAGAGAUUUCUGUUGUGUUGCUUGUGCAAGUGGUACUCUACAAGUUCAAAGGUGACUGUAGCUUUUAGAAAGCCGGUGCACGCGCCUUCUCUUAUUUUAGUUAUUUCUGCUAACGCUGAUUGGUUUGUUCUAGCUGGAGUUACGGCGUCGUACUUUACGAGAUUCUUACUGUUGGUGAGUUGGGAAAAUUGUUCAUUCUGAUAUUUUGUUGAGUACUCUAUUUUUUUCUUGUUUUUCAUGGUUCGUAAUAGAUAGAACAGAUACAAAAUGAAACAAAAGCAAAACUCCAUGUACCUUAAUUUCAAUAAUCAUAUCGGAAUGUUUGAGCAAGCAAACAAACAAUGCUUGAUCAGUUUUUAUUAUCUUUUUAAAUAAUAUUAUGUACUGUUCUUAUAAGACACAAAACAUUCUGAAACUCAGAGCAAAGGUUUACCAGUUCGAAUUAACAUUAAUUUUGCUCAAAUCGCAUAUACUUCCCUUAUAUGUUUUCGCUAGUACAGAAAAACAUUUUUUUUCCGUUAUGUACUCUUCUUCCUAGUAUAGCUUCAUUUCUUCCAGGUGGAUCUCCAUAUCCGGAUAUAAAUGCCCGUAAAAUCGCCCAGAAACUUCAGGAAGGAUACAGAAUGCCAAAACCAAAACACGUUGAGAUUAAACUGUGAGUUAUAAUACGAGUAGGGAAAAGAAAGUUCUAAGAAAUGAAAAAAAUUAUGAGUAUGGAUUCAGUUCUAAACAACAGUAGCCAUACUAAGACUAUUAGGUUUCCGUAACUGUUCCUGCGUAUUCAGAUCCUCAGGAAUAAGUGGGGCCCCCGCUCAUCCACAGCCUAAUAUUAGACGGGGACCAGCCUCGUCAAAAAUAUUUAUCGGCCCUCCGGGGGGUUAAAUUCGCCCAAAAAUAAGCGGGGUCUAGGCCCCUUCCCUAGUUCGGCUAGUGAUGUAGUGAUGAAUAAUAUGUUUCUCUCGAUUAGCUAUCAGAUUAUGCUUGACUGUUGGAGGGAAAACCCAGUGGAUCGUCCUACGUUUGAGAGACUGAGGAACAUAAUGAAGGAGAUGGAGGGAAAUCAUAAGGUAAGAAGAGUAAGAGAAACAAUCAUGGAUACGGAAGGUUCAUUUAGGGAAGAAGCUAAUGUCUAUUCAAGGGCUGAAGCUGAGAGGAGUGUGUAGCACCCCCUCCCGCCCUCUUAUCCCAGUAUGAGAGACUGAUUAAAUAUUAAAUAGGUUACAUAUUUUUUCUUUCAUUCCGCUUGGUUUCUUCAGAAGCAGUUUACUUUAAAACAUUUAUCCAUUACACUACAUGCCUUACUGACCAAGCUACUACAAACCGCCCGUCGACCUGGUUAGCUCAUUUGGUUGAGUAUCAGACUUUAGAGGGCAUAUAGGGUCCUAAAAUAACUGAUGAGAAGGUGUUUACAUCGUUUACGUUAUGUAAUUAAAUAUUUUGAUCCCGAUCUCUCUCAAGUAGGAUUACCACGGAAAAAUGUAGACAGAAUGUACUCAGUUUUUCUUUUCAGUUGAUCUGAAUCUGUAGAAUUUUAAACCACUAGGUAUGUAAAAAACGUUUGAUAUUAUAGCGACCACUUCUGGUGUGCCGCCGUCCUUAGUCUUGGGUUGAUAAUCUGAAGGGAGAGAUUCCAAGAUGGGGAUAGCUUGUCUGUCUUCCUUCAGUAAUCAUAAAAGUUGCCUGUAAGUAAUGUUUGGGUAUUAGGUGGAAUGAAUUGUUUUUGAGGUCGAAUGUGACUGAAUAAAAAUCCCACCAUCCCGUGCCUUUUACGUUUUUGCAUUUCUUUCCUUCUUUUCAUUUUUUCAGACAUAUGUCAACCUGAAACAAUAUGACCACAGCCUUUACGCUAAUGUAAACGACUUGAAAGCUAUGUGACUGUACAGCUGGUACUGGGCCGAAGCAUCGUAUCACAGACUGACGAAUCAACCUAAAUUUUGUCUAUUAUUACUAUUAUUAUUGUUAUUAUUGGUAGUAGUAGUUGGGAAUAAUAAUAAACGUAGUGUAUUAGUAUUAUUAUUAUUAUUAUUUUAGCAUUACUUAUCACGUUGAAACAAAGGGAAGACCACGAUGUGAAACAAAACGACCGAAACAAAAUUUUAAUAGCUUUCAUUUUCUAAAUAUCGUAUACCCUAAACAGUAAGGAAAAUGCGAUUCACGUGCAUGGCUUUAUUGGCUUGUGUUAAAGAACGCUUUGUUUUCAUUGUGCUCUACUGUUUUAUUUCGUCGGCUAUUCUAAGAAAGUCCAGUAUCCAUUCAUAAAGUGCCGUAAUCAGAAUAAAGUGAUAUCUGGUACGGUUGAAAUAAUAAUAAUAAAAAAAAACAUUGCGGCAAAAUUUCAGAAACGACAUGACUUGUCUACUUAACCCUGAAUGAAACCCUGAAUUUAUUAAAGGAAGAGUUCCGCGUAACUUUAAUUUGAAUAAAUUUUUACAUAUCUUGCAAAUGUAGUUGUAUUACUGGAUUCAUGCUACCAGAGUUAGUGUUCAAAAUUAAAACAAACUAUUGAACGUUAUUGAUGUGCCAGCGGGUAACAGUGCCUUGAAAGCAGGUACUUGACAUCUGCAUGUGGCUCAAAUGAGUGGAGUCCAAUUCAGUCAUUCAGUGAUCUAAACAGAAUUGUUUUCGUCCGAUUUCUUUAAUUACGAGUAACUGUAUGAUUACAGACCCAACUGGACUACACAAGGUUCUUUUACCAAUUAAUCAUAACUAUAACAGAAAGAUGUGAUUUUGAGAUUCUAUUUGAUUUUGUGUAUAAAGCACAGGAUCCUUCAAGAAUUUUGUUACCGUUAUGAUAUCUUAUAUCAUGUACAGUAAUUUUAUAGUCGGAACAAUAUCAGUAACUUGCCUAUAAAAACUAUACAACAUUCAUGUAAUGCAUUAACAACAAAACCAGCACAUACAAAAAGGAAUCAUUUCGUUAAUGCCGUUUUAAUACAAUAGUCAGUGGAAGGAUACAAAAAAUACACAAAUUAAAAAUGACUACAGAAAAUCUGUUAUUACAAAUUACAACUACCCCAUGUAUUUCAGAAUAGCCUAGGAGGCUUGAUAAUAUACACGAAAAAAUUACUCAAUUCUGAUUGGCUGAGAAAGGAGUGCAGUUCUUCUGUAACACGAGUGCAAAUUACAAAUGGUUUCUGAUUGGCUGAAAACACAAAAGAAACCACCAAGAACCAAUCAAAUUAGAGCUGUUUUAACCAUGGUUUUCAGCAAACAACGAUCUGAUUGUGUACGCAAAACAACAAUAGAAAAGUUAGAAAAAUGUAUUCCAAAAACCCGAACACAGUAAAAAGUACUUUUUUCUGUCUAAAUGUAUUGAAAAAAAAAAAAGAAAACUACUGUCAACAAAGUCUAGGAAAAUGAGCCAGAGAAACUAAACAAGCUACUUUUAUAAAAUAACUAAGAUAGUACGCGCGCUCUCGACAGUUAUGCAAACCCUCGACUUCGUCUCGGAUUUGCAUAACUGUCUCGAAUUCUCCCAACCCCUGUCGUGUUUAUAUCAGGCUAUGCAAACACGGAAAACGUUUUCUACUGCUUAAAUAACAAACUACGGUAAAGUAAAAAAUAAAGAACAAAAACGGUUGCAACUACACGCAAGCCAGAACAGCUACACUUUUCUGCCAUUUAAAUGAACAAGGAUACAUUCAAGUUUUCCAUGAUACCAACAGGGAUUUCAAGUCAUGUACGUCAUUUUUUGGAGGAGACAGGUGUCCGGUUGCUCUCUUUAAGUCUUUUGUCGAGCGAAGACCCCUACAACGAGUUUGACUAAUAGUCGCGGGUCGCGGGUCGCGGGUCCAAUGUCGCGGUCGCGGGUCCAAAGUCGCGGUCGCGGGUCCAAUGUCGCGGUCGCGGGUCCAAAGUCGCGGUCGCGGGUCCAAUGUCGCGGUCGCGGGUCCAAAGUCGCGGUCGCGGGUCCAAAGUCGCGGUCGCGGGUCCAAUGUCGCGGCAGGGGAAAAUGAUUUGGGGUUCGAGGUAACAGCUGAGUGAAAACGACUGAUAUGAACACAAUAUAAAGGGAAAAAAUCUUUUUUAUGCACAAUACUCUACGGUGGCCAAUUUACAGGUUACGGAGUUUAGAGUCAACAAAAUAAUGUCUCAAGAAAAGACCUAAAAGAAAAAGCUGGCCGACUUUUGUGUUCAGCGCAAGUUUAUUUUUUUUUCUUUCUGUCGGGCCCAGUUAUGUGUAAAUUCAGCUUUGAAUAUACUUAUGCAUAACAGUAUCUGAUAAAAAAAGUUACCAUAAGUUACCAUUGCUUUCUUCUUGUCGAUGAAUUGCUCACAAAUGCUUAAGGGUUCAGACUACAGAUUAUAAACGUUACAACAACUUAAAGCCUUUUUUUAAAAAAAGCGAACUCGGGCUCAAAAAGCUACGAGUCUGUCGGUAGAAGAAACGAGAACUCUUAUAUUUAACAAAUGUUUUCGACAAAACUGAAAGAAAAUGUAAAUGGGCGCAUGAAACUUCAUUCAAGCGGUAUUUAAGGCAUGAAUUUAAUAUGGAAACAAGUAAUAAUCCACAGAAAGGAGUCUGUUCCUCGAAGCAAGAUUUUCGCUUAAUGCUUUUAUUUUUACAACUUAGACGGCAACCCAGAGUGUUCAAUAUAACUUCUUGUUCUCUUCACCUAAAUGGCAACCAGGACAACCUGACAAUAGGAAGCCAUUCAAUGUGCGUCUCAGUCAAAUCUCGAAAACAUGCAUCGUAAAUAACUAAGUGAGUAAGUAGGUAAGGAAAUAAUAACGCCCGAUAUCAUGAAGCUGAAAAAGAAAGUAAACCGGACACUGAAAACGGUAAGUUAUCAACUCCACCAGAGCUAAGAAAAGACAAUAAAUUAGGUAAGUAAUUCCAGAUUCCAGGUACUGGAUUCAAGUCUUUGUCAGUAGAACCAAGAGACUAUGAUCUAUUCUCUCUUGGUAGAACUUGAAUUCCGGAUUGCAAUCGUUAUUGGGAACAAACUCCUUUCUGUGGACAAGAGAGGAUAAAACUCGAGCUUUAUCCCCUCUUGCUGUGGAUUAUUACUUGUUUUUUAUUAAAGUCAUGCCUUGAAUACCCGCUUGAAUGUACUUUACUGGCACUUCAAGCCCAACGUCUCUCCUCCUCUUUCCAGUUACUUGUGCAAAGAGUUUAUUUUGGGAGUUUGCGACUCUUACGCGGGUAAUCUUUUAGAAGACGGGUAGCUUGCAAACUAAACUGAACGCAGGGUUGUGGGAACAGCAACAAGAAGAUUUAUUCCAAAGAUGAACGUAGUUUCCACUGAGUAAAACUCCACAACAGCACGUACCUCGUUAAACUUACACGGCCUCCGCCAACUUGAAUAAACACUGCCUUCGUCACACUUGACUAAACACGACCAACGACAAACUCUCUUCGCUUGUGAAAACUAGUUAAAACUUAACUCGGGCUCGCCUACCUUACAUACGUUUACAAUAAGAUUCUAGAACUUUCCAAAUAGUCUAAUUAUAGAAAGAUUACAAAAUAUACCGCUUUUAGAAACGCUUACACAAGAUCCUAAAAUAAACAAAUUAUGAACUCUCUCGAAGCUUCUAGAAAGUCACACUAGUCACGCAAUACAAUUUUUCGUAACAGCGACCGGGAAGUUUUUCAACAAGCGUUUUCUUUAUUUUUGCCGAAAACAUUUGUUAAAAUUGAAACAGUUCUCGUUUCUUCUACCGACAGACUCGUAGCUUUUUGAGCCCGAGAUAGCCUUUUUUAAAAAAGGUUUUAAGUUGUUUUAACGUUUAUAAUUUAUAGUCUAUGAAGUGUAUCGCACAUUUUUCAGUGAAUGCACCCUUAAGAAUUUGUAAGCAAUUCAUAGACAAGAAGAAAACAAUGGUUACUCAUGGUAACAUUUUUUAUCAGAUACUGUUAUACAUAAGUAUAUUCAAAGCUGAAUUUACACUUAACUAGGCGGGACAGAAAGAAAACAAAAUAAACUUGCGGUGAACACAAAAGUCGGCCAGCUUUUUCUUUUAGGUCUUUUCUUGAGACAUUAUUUUGUUGACUCUAACAUCCGUAACCUGUAAAUUGGCUAUCGUAGAGUAUCGUGCAUAAAAAAGGUUUUUUCCCUUCAUAUUGUUUUCAUAUCAGUCGUUUUCAAAUCAUUUUCCCCUGCCGCGACAUUGGACCCGCGACCGCGACUUUGGACCCGCGACCGCGACAUUGGACCCGCGACCGCGACAUUGGACCCGCGACCGCGACUUUGGACCCGCGACCGCGACAUUGGACCCGCGACCGCGACAUUGGACCCGCGACCCGCGACCCGCGACUAUUAGUCAAACUCUACUAAAACAUCCAUGCGAUGGUUUUUUUUUACCUCAGUAGCAAACGAAACCGAAAAUUUAAACAUUUGGUUCAAACUAAACCAAUGGGUGAAAAUAUCAUAACUAGCAUAAUGAAAGUAUCUGCAGCUGAUACUAGCCUAAAGAAAGUGCAAAAAAAGUUUAGGAAUCGUCGUGCAAGAAAAACAACAGUGAGCAAGCUGAAGAAAGCAAUGAUUGUGAGUUCAGGCCACAGAGGUACAAAUUUCCUCACAGACUACGAUGAAGCCGACGAAGAAGAGCGACGAUGA